AUGGCCAUGGAGACCGGCACGGCAGCGGCCGCUCAGUCCACACGCCGACUUCUCCUCCCACUGGCAGUCUCUUUCCUCCUCUGCGCGCUCGCCGCCGGGACGAAGCCGCCGCCGUCCUCGUCGUACAUCGUGUACCUCGGCGCCCACUCCCAUCGCGCCGGCGUCUCGACAGAGGAGGCGUCCACGGUGGCCACCGAGUCGCACUACGACCUCCUCGGCUCCGUCUUGGGCGACCGGGAGAAGGCGCGCGACGCCAUCUUCUACUCCUACACCAAGAACAUCAACGGCUUCGCCGCCAAGCUCGAGCCCGCCGUCGCCGCAGCGAUCGCCAAGCGCCCCGGCGUGGUGUCGGUGUUCCCGAACCGCGGCAUGAGGAUGCAGACGACGAGGUCGUGGGAGUUCAUGGGGCUCGAGAACGCCGGCGUCGUCCCGCAGUGGUCGGCGUGGGAGGUGGCCAGGUACGGCGGGGACACCAUCAUCGGGAACCUCGACUCGGGCGUGUGGCCGGAGUCCCUGAGCUUCAACGACGGCGAAAUGGGGCCCAUCCCGGACACCUGGAAAGGGAUCUGCCAGAACGAGCACGACCCCACGUUCAAAUGCAACAGCAAGCUCAUCGGCGCGCGCUACUUCAACAAGGGGUACGCGAUGGAGGCGGGCCACCCGCCCCCCGAUAGGCUGAACACGCCGCGGGACGACGUCGGCCACGGCUCGCACACGCUGGCCACGGCGGGCGGCUCCCAGGUCAACGGCGCCGCCGCCUUCGGCUACGGCAACGGCACGGCCAGGGGCGGCUCCCCGCGCGCGCGCGUGGCGGCGUACCGCGUCUGCUUCAACCCGCCCGUGAACGACGUCGAGUGCUUCGACGCCGACAUCCUGGCCGCCUUCGAGGCCGCCAUCGCCGACGGGGUGCACGUCAUCACGGCGUCCGUGGGCGGCGAGCAGAGGGACUUCUUCGAGGACACGGUCGCCAUCGGGUCGCUCCACGCCACCAAGGCCGGCAUCACCGUCGUCUGCUCCGCCACCAACAACGGCCCGGACUUCGGCACCGUCAGCAACCUCGCGCCGUGGGUGAUCACCGUCGCCGCCAGCACCACCGACAGGGCCUUCCCGGGCUACCUCGUCUUCAACCGCACCAGGGUGGAAGGGCAGAGCCUGUCGGAGGCGUCGCUCCGCACGAAAAGCUUCUACCCCCUGAUCAUCGCCACCGACGCCGUCGCCCCGGGCAGGAAGGUCGAGGACGCUCAGGUGUGCAUGCUGGAUUCCCUGGACGCGGCCAAGGUGACGGGCAAGAUCGUGGUGUGCUGCGUGAGAGGAGGCGUCCGCAGGAUGGAGAAGGGCGAGGCCGUGCGCCGAGCCGGAGGGGUCGGGAUGGUCCUCGUCAACGACGAGGAAGGCGGGAGCAACGUCAUCGCUGACGCGCACGUUCUCCCGGCCCUGCACAUCAACUACACCGACGGGCUCGCGCUCUUGGCCUACAUCAAGUCCACCCCGUCUCCUCCUUCCGGUUUCAUCUCGAAGGCGACGACGAUCGUCGGCGUGAGGCCGGCGCCGGUCAUGGCCGCCUUCUCGUCGGUGGGGCCCAACGUCCUCAACCCGGAAAUCCUAAAGCCGGACGUCACCGCGCCGGGAGUGGCCAUCAUUGCGCCGUGGAGCGGCAUGGCGUCGCCCUCGGACCGGCCCUGGGACGAGCGCCGCGUCGACUUCACCAUCCAGUCCGGCACGUCCAUGUCGUGCCCGCACGUCGCCGGCAUCGCCGGCCUCGUCAAGACCCUCCACCCCGACUGGAGCCCCGCCGCCAUCAAGUCGGCCAUCAUGACCACCGCGACGGACCUGGACAUGGAGCAGCGGCCGAUCCUGAACCCCUUCCUGCAGCCGGCGACGCCCUUCAGCUACGGCUCCGGCCACGUCUUCCCGGCCCGCGCGCUGGACCCGGGCCUCGUCUACGACGCCUCGUACCGCGACUACCUCAACUUCUUCUGCGCGCUCGGGUACAACGCGACGGCGAUGUGCAAGUUCAACGAGACGCGCUACGCUUGCCCGGCCGCCCCCGUCGCCGUGCGGGACCUCAACUACCCGUCCAUCACGCUGCCGGACCUCGCCGGCCUGACGACGGUGCGGCGCAGGGUCAGGAACGUGGGCGCGCCGAGGAGCACGUACACGGCCGCCGUCGUCAGGGAGCCGGAGGGGGUGCAGGUGACGGUGACGCCUACCACGCUGGCGUUCGGCGCCGUCGGCGAGGAGAAGGAGUUCCAGGUGAGCUUCGUGGCGAGGGUCCCCUUCGUGCCGGCGCCCAAGGGCGCCGGAGGGUACGGGUUCGGCGCCAUUGUCUGGUCCGACGGGCCCGGGAACCACCGGGUGCGGACUCCUCUGGCCAUCAGGAGGCGCAAGAUGUAGCGGGAUCAGGGUUAGGAGAUCGCGAGAUUUUUUGUUUGGGAUUGAUUACGUAGGGUUUUGUUCGGCAGUGGUGAGCAGCACGUAGCGAGAGGAUGAAUUAGAGUGGCAGUGAAUCUGGUCGUUAGGGGAUAAUAUAAGCUUUGGCAGUUUUGUAACCAUCGACUGAAUAACAAGGAGACGAUGGGAAAUGAGAUCUUAUUAAUUUCAGUUUUGCUAGAACUCAUCUAGAUAAGAUUUAAUUUGGUCUCAUUCACCUUUUAUAGCCAUUGAAUGUGAUGCUAUAAGAUGUGUGUGCUAACGUGGGUUGUAUCCGUUUUUGUUUUCCAAGUGAAUGAGAUCAAAUUACGUCUCAUCUAGAUGAGUUCUAGGUACUCCCUAUUAAUUUUGUGCUUUUCUGGCGCGCGUUUUUUCUUUCUAGACAAGCUUUUCUCGGGCGCGUGGGCUACAUGUAAGUUGCCCAAAUUUUGAAUUCAGGUCAGUCGAUUCGGGUGAGAAGAGGACGCGAAGCUAUGAGGCCGAGUCCGGAGUCCAAAUUAGUUACAGUACUACUCCCUCCGUUCCUAAAUAUUAGUCUUUCUAAAGAUUUCAACGAGUGACUACAUACGGAGUAAAAUGAGUGAAUCUACACUUUAAAAUAUUUUCAAUUUACUAUUUUUUAGAUCCAUGUUUUCCCUACAGUCAACAGCGAAGCGGUAGAAAAAAUUGAACGGAGAGAACUUGGCGCUUGCGUCGUUGUGUGAGCGAACGGAGGGAACGAGCGAGUGACCAGCGCGCUUGCUAGGCCAGCCCACACGAGACUGCUGCGUGAGUGCCCGCUUUGCGAAACUGGCGUCUGAAGCGCCAAUUAGGAGGUCUCGCCUAUACAA